UUACAAUUACAUAUUCUAGUUAUAUUAUUUAUACAUAAAAAGCCAUAAAUAAAUGAUUAGAACCGAGAUGGCUAUUUGUACUCUAGUUUUAAUACAUAUCUACACAACGCUGUUCAUUACGACGGCAGAAACAUUCACAAAAUCAGACUAUGAGCAAAAAUAUAACACUAAGCUGGAAAAAUUAAACGCAGACGAAGUACUUCAUGAGCCUCUGAAAAAAUUCGCUUACGGAAGCUGCCAAAGAACAUAUCCACAACUCAGGGAUAUAUACAAUACCAUACUCAAAUACGAUCCUGACAUUUUCUUCUUCACUGGAGAUAAUUUUUACACAGAAAUGAGUUGUUGCGAUGAGACGUGUAUAGAAAGAGGGUACUUGAAGAUGGCAAACUUCCCACCUUUUCAAGAAUUUAAGAAGAAAAUCAGGAAAUUCGAUGGCGUGUACGAUGAUCACGAUUAUGGAAUAAAUGAUGGAGACGCAACAUUUAAGUUUAAAGAUUUUUCUCAGAAGAUAAUAUUAGACUUCUUCGAAAAGCCUGAGGAUCAUUAUAGAAGGAAGAGGAAAGGAGUGUACUUCAGUAUGUCGUAUAUUGACCCGGAAAAUCCAAAAAAUCAUGUUAAAAUUAUUGGCCUAGAUCUUAGAUACCACAGAGGCUGUAUGUAUAAUUGUAUCUGUGAACUCUGUGGAUUAACCUACGUACAAUCGAGAUUAAUUAUGAUACGUAGACUGUUUAAUUAUAUGUUCGGAAUUGGUUGUAAACAUGACGCUGAUGCGCUGGGCGAAGAGCAAUGGAAAUGGCUUGAAUCGCAACUAGUUGACUCUGAGGCUACGUCCCAUAUAAUAGUAUCGUCAUUUCAAGUAUUUACAUACCGCCCAAUGGGUGAAAGCUGGGGGCAUUUCCCAAACUCUAAAAAGAGAUUACUAGAUUUACUUGAAGCAACAAAGCCAAAAAAACCGAUUUUCUUAUCCGGAGACGUUCAUUUUGCUGAACUCUUCGAAAAACAUGGACUUGUUGAGUUCACAUCCAGUAGUUUAACACACAGUGUUUUACCAUACAACAUUUAUGCCAAUAUUCUAGUGUACCCCUUUUAUCUCAGGGUUAAAAACUACACUUACAGAUAUAACAACUUCGGAGCCAUCGACUUCAAUUAUAAUCACGAAGAUGAGGGUGAAAAAUGCCUUACUUAUCGCAGUAGAAAUGAGAACCUGUACGAUUAUGUCAAAGAACCAGAUUCCGUGUUCGUAAACCAUCAACUCAUAAAGUGUUUAACCAAAGCGGAACUUUUUGUUAGAAUUUUGUUGUACUCACCAUUAUUCGUCACACCACUGUUACCUUUCUAUUUCCUGUUCAGAAUGUUGCUCCGAUUCAAAAAAGUUAAAAGCAAAUAA